CCCGGAAACGAUUUAGGCCGUUGUUUCAACGGUAUUCAUUUUCUCUCUCUCUCUUGUACUGUAGACUUUAUUGGUAGGUACUGAAUUCAGUUAGCUCGUAGUUGUUGCCGAGUGCUGACUAUAGUGACGAUCGUUUAGCUGCUGCUAGUACGGAGAAAUUGAUUUAAAAUGUUCAAACCGAUCGUAUUCAUCGGUUUUUUAAUCUUUCAUCUUGGUUAUGGUGAUGCCUUGUCACCAAAGAUCCGAGUUCCUGAGGAUCCAUUGUCCGACGAGUUUAUCGACCAUAUAAAUUCUGUACAAAACUUAUGGACAGCCGGCCGUAAUUUCCACAAGAACACUCCGCUUUCCUAUCUCAAAGGUUUAAUGGGCGUACAUGAAAACAACAUGCUUUACCCGAAACUUGAAAAGCUGUUGUCUUAUGUAGACUCACCAACCAACGAGUUGCCGGAAAAUUUUGACGCCCGAGAGAACUGGCCACAUUGUCCAACCAUUAGAGAAGUUCGAGAUCAAGGAUCGUGUGGAUCGUGUUGGGCUUUCGGAGCCGUGGAGGCCAUGUCUGAUCGUGUUUGUAUUCACUCACAAGGUAAAAUAAAUUUCCAUUUCUCAGCUGAAAAUUUAGUAUCAUGCUGUUGGACAUGUGGUUUUGGAUGCAACGGAGGUUUUCCAGGAGCAGCAUGGCACUAUUGGAAAACUAAAGGCAUUGUCAGUGGAGGCCCCUAUGGCUCUAAUUUGGGAUGUAUUCCUUAUGAAAUUGCUCCUUGUGAACAUCAUGUAAAUGGCACUCGAGGACCAUGUAAAGAAGGUGGUAAAACACCAAAAUGUGUCAAAAAAUGUGAAAGUGGAUACAAGAUACCGUAUGAAAAGGAUUUACAUCAUGGUAAAUCUGUGUAUUCACUUAGCAAUGAUGUUGACCAAAUUAGACAAGAAAUUUACAACAAUGGUCCUGUUGAAGGAGCUUUUACUGUGUUUGAAGAUUUUGUUUCUUAUAAAUCUGGUGUUUAUAAACAUGUUGCUGGUAAGGCUCUAGGAGGACAUGCAAUUAGAAUUCUUGGUUGGGGUGUUGAAAAUGAUACACCAUAUUGGUUAGUGGCCAAUUCAUGGAAUACUGAUUGGGGAAAUAAUGGAUUUUUCAAAAUAUUAAGAGGAAGCGAUGAAUGUGGAAUUGAAGGACAGAUUAAUGCUGGGUUACCUGCUUAAUAGUUCAUACUAUAUUCAAAUUAAUAAUUUGAUGUUUCUCUAAUAUUUUCCCCUAAAUUAUAGUUACACUGAUGUUUUAAAAACAAAUAAUUUUAGUUAUUAGUUAAUUUUUUAAACACAAUUCAUUUAUCUGUUUUUAAAUAAAUCAAAUAAAUUAAGAAAGAAAAAUAAACAAGAGUAUACUAUAUUUAUGUUGAUUCAAUGAAUGUGACUAUAUUUAUCAUAUAAUAAAAGUUUUUGUUUUAUU